UUAUCUGUAAACACAUGUCUGAAGAACACCCAGCAGUCGUUAUUGAUAAUGGAUCAGGAUAAUGCAAAGCCGGUAUUGCAGGAGAUGAUGCUCCAAGAUGCUGCUUCCCUGCAGUUGUUGGCAGACCCAAGCAUUAAGGAAUUAUGGUUGGUAUGGACAGCAAAGAAGCUUAUGUUGGUGAUGAAGCUUAAGCCAAGAGAGGUGUUUUAGCACUCAAGUACCCAAUUGAUAAUGGUAUUGUCAAUAAUUGGGAUGGUAUAGAAUGUGUUUAUAAAUUAUUUAGAUAUGGAAAGAAUCUGGCAUCAUGCCUUUUUCAAUGAAUUAAGAGUCACACCAGAAGACCAUCCAGCUCUUUUGACUGAAGCUCCAAUGAAUCCAAAGGCCAAUAGAGAAAAGAUGACAUAAAUCUUAUUUGAAACAUUCAACGUGCCCUCAUUCUACGUUGCUAUUCAAGCUGUGCUCUCCCUUUAUGCUUCAGGAAGAACAACUGGUAUUGUUGUUGAUUCUGGAGAUGGUGUAUCACACACAGUCCCAAUCUAUGAAGGUUAUGCCCUUCCACAUGCUGUCCUCAGAAUUGACUUGGCAGGAAGAGCCUGUACUUAAUACUUGGUUAAUAUCUUGAAUGAAUUGGGUGUUUCAUUCACAUCAUCAGCUGAAAUGGAAAUUGUAAGAGAUAUGAAAGAGAAAUUAUGUUAUGUUGCUCUUGAUUAUGAAGAGGAAAUGAAGAAAUACAAAGAAAGUGCUGCCAACAAUAGACCCUAUGAAUUACCAGAUGGAAAUGUUGUUGUCAUCUAAAAUCAAAGAUUCAGAUGUCCUGAAUUACUCUUCAAACCAAACUUCAUUGGUCUUGAAGUCUCAGGUAUCCAUGAAUUAACAUUCAAAUCAAUUAUGAAGUGCGAUAUUGAUGUCAGAAAGGAUCUGUAAAUAUUUUAAAUUUAUGUUUAAGUUAUGGAAAUGUUGUCAUGUCNUAAAUAUUUCAAUUCAUAUAUUUUUAGAUUAAACAAUUAAGUUAGAUAAUAAAGGAGUUAAUAUAAUAAUAUAUUUCUAUAUGGAUUAUUUAUAAAAUUCAUAAUAUAUUUUAAUGCAAAAAUAGAAGUAUUUUUAAGAUUAUAAUUAAAAACUGAUUUUUAUUAUUGAAAUCAAUAAAGGUAGUAAACUGAAUAGAAAUGAAAUGGAAUUGAAGUUGAGAAAGUGAUAUACUAAUAAUAUGUUAUAAUUAAUAAAUAUUUUGGGGGUAUGUGACAAGAUUUAAUUAAUUUAAUUUGCUCUAGAAAAAGGUAUAAGAAUUGUCAUUCGUAAUCAAUAAUAUCUUUUAUUUAUCUGU